AUGAGUUUGGAGGGCUCUUCAGGCGGUUCCCCAGCUGAAGAGGAUCAUCAUAAUAAAGAAAGACAAAGAAAGGAAAAGAGAAAAGCAAAACGCCGACACAAAUUUUCUGAAGAAUUAUUGCAGGCGCUUAAGGAAAUAUUUGGAGGAAACCCUUAUCCAGAUUUCAGCACGAGAAUAACAUUGGCCAACACAUUUUCUUGUCCAGUAAAUGUCAUUAAUAAUUGGUUCCAGAAUAAAAGAGCCAGACUUCCACCUGAAGAAAGACAAAGAAUCUUUUUUCUUCAGAAAAACCGUGAUUUCCUAGUAAAAGCCCAUCCAUUUUUAAGCUGCCAGGAGACGCAGGCUGCAGCUCCCAGCUAUGCCACUGAGCAGAGCUUCUCUGAUGCCCAGAGGGCUUUGAUGGGUAGAGCUGGUUAUUCCCCUCUGGAGCAACAGGGGAUUCCUCAUCAACAGAUGGGCUACAAUUGCUUCUCUUUGGAGAAUCAAGAGACUCCUAGUCAACAGGUGGGCCCUCAAUGCUCCUACCUGGAGAAACAAGGGAUGGCCAGUCAACAGGUAGCCUCCCAGUGCUCCUAUCUGGCCACAGGCACUGAAAAGCAACCAGACUGUGCUUUGGCGUAUGGAGGUGAUGCAGGAAGUGGGCAUUCUACUGACUAUCACUUUCUAAGAUACAACUCUGAAGUAUGCAUUCAUCCUCCUCCACCUUCUGUGCCAUAUUUUUAUGGAAAAAGAACUGAAAUCAGGGAAAGCCAGAAUCCAAGUCCCUUCCUUUUGGAUUAUGCGCAAGGUGCAUAUGGGGUGAAGAGGCCUCAGGAAGAGUAGAAGAUAAACCACUGUCGUUGCUCAUUCUGUCUCUCACUGCUGCAAGAACAGCAGCAGAAUGAAUCGCAGUAUCACCCACAGCAGCACCAACAGCCUCUGAAGCGCCUACAGGGGAUGAUGUUCCAGCAACAGCUGCUGAUGGACUUGGGUCCUUGGGGUCUAGGGAAGCAGUGGCCCUCUGCUCAGUCACAGCUGCAGAGUCAACUGCCUCAGGAUAAUGGAAAGCCCUUGUGCUCUCAGCUGCAGCACGUGCCUCCCCAAAUAGCUGCUGACUCAUGCCUGCUGCCUCUAGGGCAACAUAUGCAGGAAGAGGCUUCAGAGCAAUCCAGGGCCCAAGUGCAGCAGUUUUAG